AUGGAGGCUUUCAACGACCCUCUGUGCAUCGGAGGCAAUUUACGUAUGGCAAUCAGACAAAUUUCGGGACUGAAGUAUCCUACGACUUGCAGAGCCACCAAGGAUCUGGCAGUGAUUUCUGCAAAUGUUUCACCAAUGUUUGUGCAGGCUCCGUCAGAAAAAGGCUUUGCCAUCGACUUUCUCAUGGGUGGAGUUUCGGCUGCUGUGUCAAAAACUGCUGCCGCCCCUAUUGAACGUGUGAAACUUUUGAUCCAAAAUCAAGAUGAAAUGAUUAAGACCGGCAGGCUCUCUGAACCAUACGAUGGAAUUGGUAACCUUGCAUCUGGUGGUGUUGCUGGUGCUUCAUCCCUAUUCUUUGUCUACUACUUGGACUAUGCUCGUACCCGACUUGCAAAUGAUGCCAAGGCCGCAAAGAAGGGAGGAGGUGGGAGGCAGUUUGAUGGUUUGGUUGAUGUCUACAGAAAGACCCUGAAAUCUGAUGGCAUUGCCAGUCUUUAUCGUGGAUUCAACAUAUCUUGUGUUGGUAUCAUCGUAUACCGUGGUUUGUACUUUGGAAUGUAUGACUCUUUGAAGCCUGUGUUACUGACUGGAAAGUUGCAAGUUAGUAUAAGAUUGGCAUCAUUCUAG